UCGUCGUCGUCAUCAUCAUCGUCGUCGUCUUCGGGCGCGGGUUUGGGUGCAGUGGACCCACAGUUGCAGUAUUUCAUCGAGGUGGAGAUGCAGAAGCAGCGCUUCCAGCAGCUGGUGCACCAGAUGACGGAACUUUGCUGGGAGAAGUGCGUGGAUAAGCCUGGGCCAAAGUUGGACGGUCGGGCUGAGGCCCGUUUUGUGAACUGUGUUGAGCACUUCAUUGACACAAGCCAAUUCAUCUUAAAUCGACUGGAACAGACCCAGAAGUCCAAACCAGUCUUCUCAGAAAGCCUUUCUGACUGAUCUCAGCAUUACCUCUUUGGAAAAGUAGUUCAAGAAAUGAAGAGCUGUUGAUGGG